UAUGGCUUACGUGAUAAUAUUAGUUUACUUCAUUUGUCCUCAAGGAAUGGCUGGUUAGAUGUUACAAAAGAUCUCAUCACUAAAUAUCACUGUGACCCACACGAAAGAGAUAGUGUUGGUAGGACUUGUCUUCAUUAUGCUGCAGGAGGUAAUCAUGUUGAUGUGAUGAGAUAUCUCAUUGAUGAGUGUCACUGUGAUCCAAUGGUUCCUGAUAAUGAUGGAUAUACUGUUCUUCACAUAGUAGCUGAACAAGGAUCACUUGAUUUCAUGAAGUACUUGAUCAAUCAUCAUCACUGUGAUCCAAUGGCUACUGACAAUAGUGGUGAGACUGUUCUUCACCGUGCUGCUGGACACAUUGAUAGUGUAAAGUAUCUCAUUAAUGAGUGUCACUGUGAUCCAAUGGCUACUGACAAUAGUGGUGAGACUGUUCUUCACCGUGCUGCUGGACACAUUGAUAUUGUAAAGUAUCUCAUUAAUGAGUGUCACUGUGAUCCAAUGGCUACUGACUCUUACAACAGGACAAUUCUUCAUGUAGCAGCUCGUAGGAACUCACCUGAUGUAAUCAAAUAUCUCAUUGAUGAGUGUCACUGUGAUCCAAUGGCUGUUAACAGGUGGGGGCAGACACCUCUUCACUAUGUUGUUGCUGGUUGGGAUUGUUCUGCAGCUGUUGAAUAUUUACUAUCAACUGGUAAAUGUGAUCCAUUGGCUAAAGACAAUGAUGGGGAGACACCAUUUAAACUAGCUAAGGAGAGAGGUGACACUGAUGCUCUUUCUGUCUUGAAGAAGUUUGGUGGUAUAAAAUCAUCUCAUCCAAUUGAUUCUUAUGUUAACGUCCUCCUUGUGGGUAAU